CCCCGCCCUGCCGCGGGUGCCGCCGGCGGGACGAGCAGCCGCCGCUCGCACCAUGAGCAGCGUCCCCGCCGAUCGGGACGGCGGCCCCGCCGAGCCCGCCCUGCCCGAGGAGGAGGUGAGGACGCUCUUUGUCAGUGGGUUGCCGCUGGACAUCAAGCCCCGGGAACUUUACCUGCUCUUCAGGCCCUUCAAGGGAUACGAAGGGUCUCUCAUCAAACUCACCUCCAAACAGCCCGUGGGCUUUGUCAGCUUUGACAGCCGCUCCGAGGCGGAGGUGGCGAAGAACGCGCUGAACGGCAUCCGCUUCGACCCCGAGAUCCCCCAGACACUGCGGCUGGAGUUUGCCAAGGCGAACACUAAGAUGGCCAAGAGCAAGCUGGUGGGCACCCCCAACCCCAGUACGCCUCUCCCCACCGCCGUACCUCAGUUCAUCGCCCGGGAGCCCUAUGAGCUCACAGUGCCUGCACUUUACCCCAGUAGCCCUGAAGUGUGGGGGCCGUACCCUCUGUACCCAGCGGAGUUAGCACCUGCUCUACCUCCUCCUGCUUUCACCUAUCCCGCUUCGCUGCACACCCAGAUGCGCUGGCUCCCUCCCUCCGAGGCUGGUUCUCAGGGCUGGAAGUCCCGUCAGUUCUGCUGAAUGCCGGGUCUCAGGUGUGUGAUGGUGGCCUACAGUCAGUCUUGUGGGUAUUAAUGGAGUCUUCCAAGGCGGCUACUGGGUUGGCGUGCUCUCCGCAAAACCACAGUGUGCUGGCUUGAAAAGAAAAAAAACCCUCACACAAGUUUGGAUUCCUCCAAGACUUUCCCACAGCCUCUAUCACACAUCUGCUCUCCUAGAAGAAAAACGAAAGCAUACCUAGUAAUAAUAUUUUCCUCUUUUACACUGUAUAUUUGUAAGAAAGAGCGUGUGUUACUUCUGAAAGCAUGGUUUGACAGGCGUCGCUGUAGCGUUUGAAAAGGCUUUUCAAACAGAACCAUAGGAAAGCAGACUACAAAAGGAGAAAAAAAAAAAAAAGCCAAAUGAGAGCAAGUAUUUUUGUACCAAACUUCCUAAAUAGGACAAUCUCACACUGGGUCGGACCACAGGAUUUGUGCUUGACUUUCGAAUGCGUGGAAUGAAGAGUCUCUACCCCUAGCAGCUGCAUGGCGAAGGCAUGAUGUCCACGUGCCUGUAGAUGUCGAGAUGAACGAUCUGAGUCUGGAGGAAUUGUGCUCCAGCUGCGUCAGCAAAGAUGUCUGCGGUCACUUACAGUAUUACCGGUUUCUUCCCAGUUGUACCAAACGACAAUCAAAAACUUUCUUAUGGUGAUUUGUUUUUUUUGUUUUUAACCUUAGGGCUAUGUUAAUAGCUUGCUGUGCAAAGCUUCGGCACGGUACAACGGCUCGGAUCAGGGAUGGGCAGAGGCAGCCCGCACCAUGUAGCAGGGUGACAAUUUGCCUCCUCUUCCUGCCAUAACUGCUUGGAAUUGUUACAAGCAAUGUAAACUGCUGUAUAACAAAAAACAAGACUCCUGGUUCACCAGCUUACUCGAGGUUGGGCGCGAGUCCCGAGCGACUUAAAGACACGUGCCUACCAUUACGCCAAAGCGCUGGGCUGAAUUGGGGUUGUAGUGUCAACGUUGUGCCGGUCUGGUGGCUUGCUGUGUACCAUUUCCAUGUUUCCAUGUGCAAAGACAAGAAGGGAGGCUGCCAACACCCUUGGGGCAGCACUUGUGACCUUUACAGAGGUAGCGUCCUAGCAGAGAGACUGCUGGACACACUAAAGUCUCCUUCUCCUUGCUCCAGGAUGAAUUUGGAGAAAGAAAGAGCAAAGCAAAGCAAACCAAAACCCCAAACACAUUUUAGUUUCUUGCAAAAGGAGGUGCAAAAGUUCUCCUUUCUUUGCCUUCACCCCCACCCCCUCUCUGCUGCAGGGUACACUGAGCUCAGCCACUGCCUGGGCUUCGCUGUAGCGUUUCCCAGCUGCACUGAAGACACAGGCUGCCUGUGGCCUUGUUAAACAUCAUCAACUUUCUGAUCCUCCUCCUUUUUAUUCCAUGGGUGGGCCAAAACAAGACAGCUGAGGUUUUGGGUGCCGGAGCCAGGGCAAGGGAUGAGAUGGUGCAGUGGGAAACUGUCCCCUUGGGGUCUUCUGUAAAAAAAAAAAAGUGGGAUUGGCAAAGGUGCUGGGAGAAGAAACCAAUUCCAAGACAAAUCUCUGAGUGGCUCUGAAAGGAACGAUACCAGCGUUUCCAAACAGCAGACUAACUAUUUUAACAACUUAUUACUUUGUCUUGUGGAGAGGAGAGAAGCUUCCAUGUUGUCUACUCCGCUUUUGGAAAUAUGUUUAAAGGUACUUUUCUAUUGUAAUUUUUUAAAAAUAAACCCAGUGAUUAUUAUAAGUUA